AUGCCCACUUCAAAAAUUAUCUACAACGAAAAAACAAACACGGCUUGGCAAAAAGCAUUUUUAUAUUUGGAUUACAGUACAUAUCCAGAGAGAAGUCAACGAGAAGAAUACAUUCGUCAGCAGUUUCUAAAUGAUUCCUCUUUGACUUAUUCCGAAAAGAAAGGUCUACUCAUUAGACUUCAACGACACUACGAUACUAUUAGAAUUCAAAAAUCGGACGAAAAAAGGCCAUGUCGAGACUGUUACGGUUGGUGCCAUGCCACACAGUACUGCGAAUUGUGUAUUAGAAAUUAUUUGGAAAACAAUUUCAGAAAUUGGUCUUCGGGGAAUAAAGAAAUUGAUAUAUUAAUUCAAGAAUGUCAGCAAAAUGCUGUUAGACCUAACUACAUUAUCGAAUGGAUUGAAUACAACAAAUUUCAGAACGUGACGUAUAAGGCGAAAGGUGGAUGCUCUACGAUAUACACGGCAAUAUGGAAAAGCGGUCGUUAUUAUAAAUGGAAUGAUGGAACACAUUCGUUGGAAAGAUAUGGUCGGCAAAAAGUGAUACUAAAAAGAUUGCAAAAUUCGGCGAAUAAUCACGGAAACUGGUUUCAAGAGGUUAAAUCGCAAUUUACUCUCGAUAAUACAUCAAAAUAUUUGGCUACGUGCUAUGGAUUGACCAGAGAUCCAAAAAGUAAAGAUUAUAUGCUUGUCUUAUACCCCUAUGACAAUGAUUUAAGGCAUUAUUUGAUGAAAAAUUUUCAGUCUAUGAGCCUUGUUCAAAAGUACAUGAUCAUCAAAAGAUUGGCCAAGAGUUUGAGUAAAAUUCACGAGAAAAAUGCAGUGCACCGAGAUUUGCAUUCGGCAUCAACAAUAUGGCGGACAUUUCGUAGUUUGUACAAGAACUUAAGUAAAGAAGAGUUCCAGCAAAAAGGUGUCGAGCGCAAACCUUUAAGAAAAAGAACAGUGGAAUUCAUAAAGAACAGAAUAUUAAAUAAACCGUCUUUAACUGAAAUUAACAUCGCGAGUCAAUCAAAUACUGAAAACGAUCAAACCAGUAAACUUUAUAGGAUUUCCUACACGCCUAAACCAAGAAAUUCAAGUUUAGAAGGGCGAGACUCACAACAACACAAAUUAGUGAUCGAGAGUGGUCAUGUAUUAACCUAUGGGAAUAUCGGAGAUACCAGAUGUGGUAGAUUGAAGCUCGAUGAACCGACAUUUUAA